CCAUAUUAGGAUGAAAGCUAGCUGACUUUCCUCGCUAUAUAAGAUUGAACAUUUUCUAUCUUUCCCACAGGCACUUUCCUGAUCUGCUGCCGUCUUACAAUCAGCCAUGAUCCUCCAGACUGCUGUGCUCAGUGCACUCCUGUGCUCCAUCCACAGUUUUACUGUACAGGGUCCUUUUCAAAAGAGUGAUAAAUAUUCUGGCAACACCAUUGAAGAUGAUGAGUUCAGUGUCUCCACACUACUAGAGAAGGCCAAUGCUAAUCUUGGAAAGAACUUGGAUGAGCCUCUAGUGCUGUUUGGAGACAUAGCAGUGCCAACAGGUCUAGGGAAUGCUGACCCCUGCACAGCACGAGGUUGCCUGUGGCCUAAAGCCCCCGACGGCAAUGUAUAUGUGCCAUACCGCAUCUCCAGGCAGUACUCCCAGAGAGAGAGAGAUACCAUCAUCCAAGGUCUGGAGUCAUUUGGCAGGUCCACCUGUAUCCGCUUCGUCCCCUUGAACAGACAAAGAGACUUUGUGGACAUCCAAUCUCGAUCGGGGUGUUACUCAUUUGUCGGGCGUCGGGGUUCUGGCCAGAUAGUGUCUUUGAGUCGCCAGGGCUGUGUCUUUGAGUCAGUCGUCCAACACGAGCUACUGCACGCCCUGGGCUUCCACCAUGAACAGUGCCGGUCUGACAGGGACGAACAUGUUCGCAUCCUGCUGGAGAAUGUUAUUCCUGGAAUGGAGCAUAAUUUCAGGAAGAUAGAAACAAGGAAUCUUGGCACUCCCUAUGACUACAACUCUGUCAUGCACUAUGGAAGGUUUGCCUUCUCUAGGAACAGGGAGCCAACCAUCGUUCCCAUCCCUGACAACGACGUAACCAUUGGCCGGGCAGAAAGGAUGAGUCCUGUCGACAUCCUUCGGGUGAACCGCCUUUACCAAUGCAAUUCAGCUGCUUCCGGACGCGACCGGAGACUCCAGCAGAGAAAGCAAUGGAACAGUUUCCUCCUGAAAUGAAAGAAGUCACGAGGAAACGAUAACAGCUGAUUGUCUACAGCUUUUUAUCUACAUGAAUCAGAAAUGAGUCCUAUGCUUGCUGUCCUAAUGAGAAAUGAAAAGAAAAGCCAGUGCUAUACAAUGCUACAGCAAUCCAGUGACAUUGUUAUAGAUUUACGCUUAAUGAAAAAGUGCUUGCAAGCUUGAUGGAAUAUUAAAAAAAGAAAUAAAAUGUAAAUUCAAUCUUAACCUCAAGUUCACCCUUUUCUGUGUGAUAUGUGUGAUCAUUUAUUUAGCCUUCAUAUACAGGACCUGGUGCAGGUGUUCCAGUGUAGCACAUACCAUCACUGAUAAGCCCUUUUCUGAACUGGCUCUGAACACCAGACUCAGCAAAUACUGUAACAUAUGUCCGCAUACACACAUUUGUGAGAACAUGUCAUUUUUUGUUAAAUAUUACGCUAUCCCAU